UUUUGGGGCCGAAAGAGAAAACAAUUGUUGCGUUUGUUUACAAAUAUUAGAAAAAAUAAGAAAUGCAAGCGGAUAUUAACAAUGUCUCCAGGGAUUACGCCAAGAUCCUGCAGAGCGCCGAUCUAGAGAAGGAGAUCAACCCACUGUGCACGAAUAUAGAUGAUAUGCUGGCCAGGUUGGAUGAGUUUGAAACUUUGCUGGCUUCGGUGCGUGCCGAGUCCAAUGGAAUGAUGGCCAACAAUGUGUGCAGCAUCCUGGGAUUCGGAGAUAGUUUCGAGCAGUUAAAAACUAGAAUAGAUGGUCUGGAGCAAUUCGUAGGCGCCGUAAGUGCAAAUUUGUCAGAAGUCGAAAGAAACGUGGAUAUUGCCGAGGAGGAACUCCAUGUCACGGACUACAGCCUUAAAGGCCUUCUGCUGAAACCCCUGAAAGCCAAGCUGAGUGCCAGCGAUUCCACCACAUCCAACUCUCUGCCAAGAUCUAAUCUCAUUGAGGAGGAAUACCAACCUGUAGAGAUCUACAAAUCCGAUGAUUACUUCGGAAAAUCUCAGGAUCCAGCAGUUGAGGAGGGAGAACUAACUAGCUAGAUAACUCUACAUUUAGUAAGCAAUUAGCCAAAGAGUCAUUUGUUUAAGGGUUUUGCAAUGAAAUGGCAA